AAUCACCAGACGACAGCACAUGUACCUUCAGCUCGCCACGUUAGGUUGAUAGUGCUUUAAUUCCCUCAUUUUGCCGGUCAGUCGGUGAUCAUUAUUUAGAGAUGAAGUCCUUGGUGUUUUUAAUAUCUGUAUUUGUCGCUUCAAUUGCGGCGGAUGAUGUUUUGGUCUUUACCGAUUCCGAUUUUAGUACGAAAGCCAGUGAACACGACUUAGCUUUGAUUGAAUUUUAUGCACCUUGGUGUGGACAUUGCAAAAAAUUGGCCCCAGAAUAUGAAAAAGCAGCUUCAACUUUAAAAUCUAAUGAUCCUCCUGUAGCAUUAGCUAAGGUUGAUUGUACAGUAGAAAAAGACGUCUGCUCAAAAUAUGGCGUCUCUGGUUACCCAACUUUGAAAAUUUUCCGCAAUGGAGAAUUUAGUGAAGAUUAUAAUGGACCAAGAGAGGCUGGUGGUAUUGUUAAGUUGAUGAAAUCUAAGGCUGGUCCUACCUCAACAUUAUUGGAAACAUUAGAACAAGCUGAGAAGAUAGCUAAAUCUAGUGAAUAUGCUGCUAUCGGUUUUUUCAAGUCACUUGACAGUGAAUUAGGUAAAACAUUCCAAAAAGUUGCUGAUGCUAUCAGUGGUGAUCUAAAAUUUGCCCAUACAGAAAAUGCAGAUAUAAUGAAAAAAUUUGGAUUUAAAGAUAAAAUUGUGUUGUUCCGUCCCAAGAAAUUCCAGAGUAAAUUUGAAGACCAUCAACUGGAGUAUAAAGAUGAUUCUAAAUUACAUACAUUGAAAAACUGGGUUCAAGAAAAUAUUCUAGGUUUAUGUAGUCACAGAACACCAGACAAUGCUGACAAAUUAAAGAAACCAUUAUUUGUAGCUUAUUAUGAUGUAGAUUAUGUUAAAAAUGAAAAGGGUACCAAUUACUGGAGAAACAGAGUAAUGAAAGUUGGUAAGAAGUUACGAGAUGCUGGUAAAAAUCUGUAUUUUGGUGUCAGUAAUAGUGGUGAAUUCGCACAUGAAAUGAGUGAAUGUGGUCUGAACUCGCAAGGUGAUAAACCUAAAGUUUGUGCCUGGGAUAGCAGAGAUAGAAAAUUUGCUAUGAGUGAAGAAUUCAGUAUGGAAACAUUUGAAAAGUUUAUCAAUGAUGUGUUAGAAGGUAAACUAGAACCCUAUUUAAAAUCAGAACCUAUUCCUGACAAUACUGAUGUUCCUGUCAAGACUGUAGUAGCCAAAAAUUUUGAAGAAAUAGUUAAUGAUGAAAAUAAAGAUGUUUUAAUAGAAUUUUAUGCACCAUGGUGUGGACACUGUAAGAGUUUAGCACCUAAAUAUGAAGAAUUAGCUGAAGCGUUGAAAGAUGAGAAAGAAAUUACCAUAGCUAAAAUGGAUGCUACAGCUAAUGAUGUCAGUAAACCUUAUGAUGUAACUGGAUUCCCAACUCUGUAUUUUGUUCCUAAAGACAAGAAAGAUAACCCAGUAAAAUAUAACGGUGGUCGUGAAGUCGGUGAUUUUAUUAAAUAUUUAGCUAAAGAAGCUACCAAUGAACUGUCAGGUUAUAAAAGAAACGGCAAAAAGAAGAAGACUGAACUUUAAAAAUCUUCCAAUGAAACUUCAUUAUUUCAUUUCAUAAAUUAUCAUCCUCCAUUUAUACUUAGUUUUCAUCCUUUUUUUUUUAAAGUUAGAUUUCACUUCUUUCAACCUCUACCAGUGCUUUUCAGUGACAAUAGUUUGGUGUAAGGUCUGUUGUUGGCUUCAGGUUUACAACAUUAUGCAAAUAUGGUCCUCCAGAAAUUGGUUUGAAUUCAUUUCUUACAUGAGUCAUUUUUGUGCUGUUUUGUUAAGACAUUUACUUACCACUUUGAAUUUGUACUUACUUUGUUUAAGCAUUCUUUCUGUUUCUUGUUAUGUUGCAUGAGAAAAUCUGAGUUCUGAGCAUUUGCUUUUGCAUUUACUGUUUCUUAGGAAAAUUUUGGCAAUAUUGAGAAAUCAUGUAUCCAUUCUUUCCUUAGAAGACUUGUGUGUAUUUUGUCAGCUGAUUUUUUUUUUUUUUGGAUUAUAAUCAGUCUUGCUCUAGCCAUGCGGAACUCCUAUAAUGUUUUUGGCCACAGAAAUUUAAGACGCAAGUACAUCAUCAUUCAUAUAUUUUGUGGUUGAAAAGGAAUUUGCUCCCAUGUGUCUGAAAUAGUAAACUGAAAGUACAAAAAUUCUGUUACGCUCAGCAUGAUUUUUAAAUGCCUCCAUUAAUGAUCAACACAUCUUCCAUAAUAUAUUGUUAAAAUUUCUUGAUUGUACUAUCUCACUACAAUGAUGUAUAUGUUAUUUAUUAUAGAAAAUUUGAUAUAAAAUUGUACUAUAGGAUUAUAUCAUUGUGAAUAUUUAUCAUUUUGAGAGAGAAUGUUCCUUUGUCAAAAGGGUACAAGAAUAAAAAACUUACAAAAUUAUA